AAAAUUUUGAUUAUAGAUAUUAAAAAUACCUAUUCAAAAAUUUUUUUUUGGCCUCAAUCUAUUAAUUUUACAAUGAUAAACAAUUUCCAUGAUGAAAAAGAAAUGGGUAUUCUCUUAAAUGAUAAUUCUCUGAAUGAAAAGGACAGGGUAGAUAUUUAUUAUGAUUUGUCAAACACUAAAAAUCAUUUUACGAAAGUUGCCAAGCGCUUUAACAAUAAAUUUCUUACAAUCAAAUCAAUCAAUGACAAUUUAUAUUCAACAUCACAAGAACCUAUAAAUAUUAAGACAUUUUAUUCAAACCCUUAUGGAGCCAAAAAUCAUCGCAAACCCCGCAAUGGUAAAGGCAGGGGAUUACCUAAAAAAGGUGGAGCUGGAGGAAAAGGGACUUGGGGAAAAUUUGGGGAAGAUUAUAGUAACGAGAAUCAUGCUUGCUAUAUUGACAAAAAUGAUCCCAAUUAUGAUUCCGAAUGUUCGCAAGAUAUUAUCACUGAAAUUUCAAUACCAGAACUUGAGCGUCACAUGUUAGCUGCUAAGGUUGAACCCAUUAUACACGAAUAUUUUAAUCACGGAAAUACGCAAGAAGUUAUUAAAUCAUUGACUGAGCUUAAUAUCCCUUUGGAUCUUAGACCCCAAGUAGCUUGUCUUGCUAUCAGGAUAGCUCUGGAUCUUAAAGAUAGUGAUAGAGAAUUAACCUCAAUACUUUUAUCCGAAUUUUCUCAUUAUACCCAGCAUGGGAAUCAUAAGAAAAGCAUUUAUACUGAAAGCAAUUCUAACAUUCUGGAUGGUUCCAACAAUUUUAUGCUCACUAGAGACCAUUUUAAAAGUGCAUUUCAAGAAAUAUUGAGAAACCUAGAUGACUACGUCAUGGAUAUACCUGGAGUGGCCCAAAUUGUUGGAAAUUUUAUAGCUAGAGCUUUAGCUGAUGACUGCUUUGAUGCCAGUAUUUUUAGCGAUAUGGAGGCUCAUUUUGCUGACAAAGGACCUACACGUGAAUUAAUUAAAUUAUCUUUGAACCAAGCUAGAUGUCUGCUAAAUCUGCCUCUCUAUACCAAAACUAAUUUUGACCUGAAUACCAGAGCACCCUUGGCUGCGCUCAGUCAAAUUUGGGGAAUAUCUGGCAGCGUUAUCCCGGUUAAAACUCUCAUGAAGACCAUAACUCGUAUUUUGAAAAAUUUUCUAUACUCUGAUAUUCGGUCAACUGUGAAUGAUAUAAACGUAUCUAAAAAUCGUGCGAGCUCUUACGGUAAAAACGAGUUUGAAAACGCUGGACAGGCUUUGAGAGAACUUAAUGUUCCCCAUUUCAAUCAUGAGUAUGUUUAUCGUGCCAUUAAGCUGGCCCUUCAAGAUGGCACAAAAAAAAAUGCAUUUAAAAUUAGGCACCUCUUGGCUUACCUGGUCGAUGUGGAUGAUUGUCUGGACUACAACUCCGUUGACAAGGGUUUUGAACGGAUUAUUGAAAACCUACCUGAACUUAGUUAUUCAAUACCUAACGCUCAGCUACUUUUUGAAAAAUUUGUUGAAAUGUGUUGUGAAGAUGACUGGGAAAAUAUGAUAAACGAAAAGUAUGCUAACAAUUCCAUUGGACCGGAAGGAGAUAAUAAAUCAAAUUUUUGCUAUAAAAAUUCACCUAUAGUCAAUGAACACAAGAUGGGACCAGAUGGUGAUUUCAAUGGUCUUAUCUACAGUCAAACUAUUAAAGGAGUAACUCAAGCCCGUUUUAAAUCAUCUUCUGACUCUUAUUCAUUCGCUUCCAUUUUGACCAAAGAUAUUCUCACCAAAAUCCCUAAUAAGGGUAGGAAGAGAUUCGUUUCAGAAGGGGAUGAAGGAUUGCUCAAAGAUACGAUCCGCGAUUUCAAAUAACGAUCAAAUUUUUACCCUUCAUAUUUAGUAUAUCGUUUAUUUUUGUUAGAACAUUUAAUUUUUACGAAACUAAUUUUUAUAUCAUCUUUUAUGAAUAUAUUUUAAGAUAAUAAUUUUUUUGAUGAAUUAUAUUAAUUUGAAGAAAAGUAUAUGCAGGUUUUCAUUAUAAUUUUACUUAAUCAAUAUAAUUUUAUUUGAGUUCAAUAUUUUGACACUUAUUAAUCUUGUUUUUUCAUCAUUGGACAUUAAAUAUUUGUACUAGAUAUUAUUAUUAAAAUUUUGUAAAAAUUUAAACUAAAAUAAAACGAUUAUUAAUAAAGUUUAUUACAAACAUUUUCAAAUCUAUUCAAUAAAUAUUUUAUUAGAAAAAAUUAAUCAAAAAAAUAUAUUUAAUUUAUAAUGUUUCAAUAUGUUUUCGAAUAACAAUUAGAAAAACACUAAUCAGUAUAGUUUUAUUUUUUCCCCUACCAUGUCAUAUAUAUUUUUUGUUUAUAUUAUAAUUUCAA